CUGCAUCAACCUGAAAGACUAAGAUAUUCUUUGACAUCCCCUGGUACUGACCUCAGCAAGUUUCCAAUCCCCUUCUUCUCCUAAAACGUCUUACCACCACCUCAUGAUGGCGACCUGCGGAACAUGCUGGAAGGAGUUCCGCAGCGAUCAAGCGCGGCAGCAGCAUAUGGACGCGUUUUACCACCACGCUCCCGAACAUGAGUGCGAUACAUGCUUUCGCUUCUUCCACUCAUUCAGCGCAGUGGUCAACCACAUGAACGCGAAGAACCACUGGCAGUAUAAGUGCAAUGACUGUGACGACUCAUUUUUGAGCAAGGAAUGGCUACGAGACCACGAGGUCGAGGACCACUUCUAUUGCGAUCCCUGUAAGCGAUACUUUUCUUGCUACAAUAACAUCAAGAUGCAUCUUAACUCGCGCAUUCACCGCGGCCAGAACAUGCAAUGCCCUUUUUGCAAGCAGCGUUACACAACCGCUACCGGCGCUGCUCACCACAUAGAGAGUGGUUCCUGUCCAAGCGCGCCUGGCCUCGACCGCGACUUAGUCUACCGCAUCAUCCGUGCCAAGGAUCCUAACCACAUCAUCUCUAACAAGCUCCUCGAGUGGAGCGACUCUACGCGCUACGAAGCUACAUCGCAAGCAUGGAACGGAUUCGCGUACGAGUGUUCUCUUUGCCAUCGUCAGUUUCAGAAGCUCGAGUCUCUGAGCCAGCAUCUUAGCUCCCCCGUCCACCAGCAGAAUCUGUAUCACUGUCCUAAGCGCAUUGCUUGCGGCCGCGAAUUCACAUCCCUUGCUGGUCUCAUGAAUCACCUCGAGAGCGAAAGCUGUGGAUACACCAAGUUCGAGAACGUGCAGAAAAGCGCCGCGGGCAUCAUGAGCUCGGAUCGUCUUAUUGGAUUCUAAAAGUACCGCCUAGUCACCUAAGAAGGCACAGUUGGACUCGCCGAAUGAGGCAACACGACAGCACGCUUGGUUUGUUCAUAGGCUUUGGAUGCUUAGAAUAUCUUUGGCACGCGAAUGAGCUGUUUAGCUCUCGUGGAGAUACCUGGCUGUGGGAUGCCUGCACCCAAUUUCUGAUGUGAGAUCAGUGUGGUGAUUGAUGCCACUGUAGGUAGAUUAGGUAUCGACCUUGUAUGGACGGUUUACAUCCUGACUCACCUUUUUUCUUGCCUACUUUAGCUAACUUGUGGAGGAAAGUCAGAUGUUCGUGUAGGUUGAGGAACACCGUCCUACUAACUCCUAUACAGAAGAACCCCUUUUUCAUUUUGCUUUAAGGGAAAGGGGGGCUUGGUCCCGCUUUCCCCUAUCUUUAUUCCGCUCGCGCAACUUGAUC